AUGCAACUUGCUCCUCCGCCCGUCGUGGGGCCUCAAAAUUGCUGCACUUACGCAACAGAUGUGGCCAUUUUAAGGAAGGCGAUGACCCUCAGCAGCGGCAACUUCGUGGUCACCAACAGCAGCGGCGACCUCAUCUUCAAAGUGAAGGGAGCUUUACUUACCCUUCAUGACCGCAGGGUCUUGAUCGACGCCACCGGGCAGCCGGUUCUCACGCUCAGGCGAGAGAUAAGGGCUGAUCACGGUCCAUGGCGAGCGUUUAAAGGGAAGAGCUCGGACAUGAGGGACCUUGUCUUCACUGCCAAGAUUAGUUCAGCGAUCCAGCUCGAGUUAGAAGUUUUCUUAGCAAGUAACAGGAACGAGGAUGUCCGCGACUUCAAUGUCAAAGGUUUCGAGCGGUCUUGUGUCAUCUAUGCCGGACAGCCUCCCUGUAUCAUUGCCCAGAUGCAAAAGGAGACUGGUACCCAAACUCAAAGUGUGCCUCUGGGAAAGGACAAGUUUAUGGUCACGGUCUAUCCGAACAUCGACCGUGCAUUCAUCGUCGCCCUCAUUGUGAUCUUUGAUGAAAUAAAAGGGGGGGAUUGGUGA